CUUACUUUCGACCUGUCCCCCUGUGAAUGUGUCUCAUGUCCCCAGUGGGGUUUUUCAGUGAGGGUUGUGGUCGCCAGGAUACACAAGUCUUUGUGCCAGAAUUGCCUGGAAUUACUUAGUCCUGGAUGGCUGGUUGGCUAACUCUGGUCUCCGGCCCUUCCUUUGGAAAUUUCCCUGGGAGGUGGCUGGGCUCGCCAGUCCUGUGCCUCUGGGCUUUUGGCAUUCUGUGCAAGGCCCACCCACAGAUGCCAUGCCUGCUUCCCCAGCCUAGUGGGCUUUGAUGGGGGAAGAGAGUGGUCCAGGCUCUCCUGAUGAGGAGGAAGGAGCAAGUGUCCUCCUCGAACAUUCCCUGGGUUGUGAAAUGUGCUCGCAGGAGGCUUUUCAGGCUCAGAGAAGCCAGCUGGUGGAGCUUUUGGUCUCGGGGUCCCUGGAAGGCUUCGAGAGUGUCCUGGACUGGCUGCUCUCCUGGGAGGUCCUCUCCUGGGAAGACUACGAGGGCUUCCACAUCCUGGGCCAGCCUCUCUCCAACUUGGCCAGGCGCCUCCUGGAUACCAUCUGGAAUAAGGGCACUUGGGCCUGUCAGAAACUCAUCGCAGCUGUCCAGGAAGCCCAGGCUGACAGCCAGACCCCCAAGCUGCAUGGCUGCUGGGACCCCUACUCGCUCCACCCAGCCCGAGACCUGCAGAGUCACCGGCCAGCCAUUGUCAGGAGGCUCCACAGCCAUGUGGAGGGCAUGCUGGACCUGGCACGGGAGCGGGGUUUCGUCAGCCAGUAUGAAUGUGAUGAAAUCAGGUUGCCGAUCUUCACACCAUCCCAGAGGGCAAGAAGGCUGCUCGAUCUUGCCACAGUGAAGGCGAAUGGAUUGGCUGCCUUCCUUCUACAGCAUGUUCAAGAAUUACCAGUCCCGUUGACUCUGCCUUUGGAAGCUUCCACAUGCAAGAAGUACAUGGCCAAGCUGAGGACCACAGUGUCUGCUCAGUCUCGCUUCCUCAGUACCUAUGACGGGGCAGAGACGCUCUGCCUGGAGGACAUAUACACAGAGAAUGUCCUGGAGGUCUGGGCGGAUGUGGGCAUGGCUGGACCCCCGCAGAAGAGCCCGGCCACCCUGGGGCUGGAGGAGCUCUUCAGCACCCCUGGCCACCUCAAUGAUGAUGCGGACACUGUGCUGGUGGUGGGCGAGGCGGGCAGCGGCAAGAGCACACUCCUGCAAUGGCUGCACUUGCUGUGGGCUGCAGGGCGAGACUUCCAGGAAUUUCUCUUUGUCUUCCCAUUCAGCUGCCGGCAGCUGCAGUGCGUGGUCAAACCACUCUCUGUGCGGAUGCUACUCUUUGAGCACUGCUGUUGGCCUGACGUUGAUCAACAGGACAUCUUCCAGUUCCUCCUUGACCACCCUGACCGUGUCCUGCUAACCUUUGAUGGCUUUGACGAGUUCAAGUUCAGGUUCACGGACCGCGAACGUCACUGCUCCCCAACAGACCCCACCUCUGUCCAGACCCUGCUCUUUAACCUUCUGCAGGGCAACCUGCUGAAGAAUGCCCGCAAGGUGGUGACCAGCCGUCCUGCUGCCGUGUCAGCAUUCCUCAGGAAGUACAUCCGCACCGAGUUCAUCCUCAAGGGCUUCUCUGAAGAGGGCAUCGAGCUGUACUUGAAGAAGCGCCAUCGUGAGCCUGGAGUGGCGAACCGCCUCAUCCGCCUGCUCCAAGCGACCUCAGCCCUGCGUGGUUUGUGCCACCUUCCCGUGUUCUCAUGGAUGGUGUCCAAAUGCCACCAGGAACUAUUGCUGCAGGAGGGCGGGUCCCCGAAGACCACUACAGAUAUGUACCUGCUGAUCCUACAGCAUUUUCUGCUGCAUGCUGUCCCCCCAGACUCAGCCUGCCAGGGUCUGGGACCCAGUCUCCUUCUGGGCCGCCUCCCCACCCUCCUGCGCCUUGGCAGACUUGCUCUCUGGGGCCUGGGCAUGUGCUGCUAUGUGUUCUCAGUCCAGCAGCUCCAGGCAGCACAGGUCAGCCCUGAUGACAUUUCUCUUGGCUUCUUGGUGCGUGCCAAAGGUGUCAUGCCAGAGAGUAUGGCGCCCCUGGAAUUCCUGCACAUCACUUUCCAGUGCUUCUUUGCUGCGUUCUACCUGGUACUCAGUGCUGACGUGCCGCCAGCCUUGCUCAGACACCUCUUCAAUUGUGGCAGGCCAGGCAACUCGCCGAUGGACAGGCUCCUGCCCAUGCUGUGCAUCCAGGGGCCACGGAGGAAGGACGGCAGCGUGGCAGCUUUGCUGCAGAAGACUGAGCCGCACAACCUUCAGAUCACGGCAGCCUUCCUGGCAGGGCUGUUGUCCUGGGAACACCGUGGCUUGCUGGCUGAGUGCCAGGCAUCUGAGAAGGCCCUGCUCCAGCGCCAGGCCUGUGCCCGCUGGUGUCUGGCCCGCAGCCUCCACAAGCACUUCCACUCCAUCCCGCCAGCCGCGCCGGGUGAGGCCAAGAGCAUGCACGCCAUGCCCAGGUUCCUCUGGCUCAUCAGGAGCCUGUACGAGAUGCAGGACGAGCGGCUGGCACGGAAGGCUGUACGUGGCCUGAAUGUUGGGCACCUCAAGUUGACAUUUUGCAGCGUGGGCCCCACUGAGUGUGCUGCCCUGGCCUUCGUGCUGCGGCACCUCCGGCGGCCCGUGGCCCUACAGCUGGACUACAACUCUGUGGGUGACAUUGGCGUGGAGCAGCUGCUGCCUUGCCUUGGUGUCUGCAAGGCUCUGUAUUUACGUGAUAACAAUAUCUCAGACCGAGGCAUCUGCAAGCUCAUUGAACAUGCUCUUCACUGCGAGCCAUUGCAGAAGUUAGCUCUGUUCAACAACAAAUUGACUGAUGGCUGUGCACACUCCAUGGCUAAGCUCCUUGCAUGCAAGCAGAACUUCUUGGCAUUGAGGCUGGGGAAUAACCACAUCACCGCUGCGGGAGCCCAAGUGCUGGCCGAGGGGCUCCGAGGCAACACCUCCUUGCAGUUCCUGGGGUUCUGGGGCAACAGAGUGGGUGAUGAGGGCGCCCAGGCCCUGGCUGAAGCCUUGAGUGAUCACCAGAGCUUGAGGUGGCUCAGCCUGGUGGGGAACAACAUUGGCAGUGUGGGUGCUCAAGCCUUAGCACUGAUGCUGGCAAAGAACGUCAUGCUAGAAGAACUCUGCCUGGAGGAGAACCAUCUCCAGGAUGCAGGUGUAUGUUCUCUCGCAGAAGGACUGAAGAGAAAUUCAAGUUUGAAAAUCCUGAAGUUGUCCAACAACUGCAUCACCUACCUAGGGGCAGAAGCCCUCCUGCAGGCCCUUGAAAGGAAUGACACCAUCCUGGAAGUCUGGCUCCGAGGGAACACUUUCUCUCUAGAGGAGGUUGACAUGCUCAGCUGCAGGGACACCAGACUCUUGCUUUGAAGUCUCCGGGCAGAUGUUCACCUCAGUGUGUUUGUUAGCAAGCUGUGAGUUUGGGCCUCAGAAGCUGAGUGACAUCUGUUGUCAGCCUUCAAAAUGAGCCCUGUCCUGCCGAAGGCUGAACUUGUUUUCGGUGAACACCAUAGAUCACCUUUAUUCUGGCAGAGGAAGGAGCAUCAGUGCCUUCCAGGAUAGACUUUUCCCAAGCCUAUUUUUGCCAUUGACUUCUUCCCAAGAUUCAAUCCCAGGAUGUACAAGAGGGGCAGCCCCUUCCCCGUGGUAUUGGGCUGGUCCCUGCUGAUCCUCCCGGGUUCCCAUGCGGGUCAGUGAGGCCCAUGGAUGUGCCUGUUAACAGAGUGCCUGUUGGUGGAGAGACCUGGACUCUCACGGAAGACCUCUUCCCACUGCUUUGAUGAAGAGUACACAGAACACAUAAUUCAGGAAGCAACUUUCCCCAUGUCUUGGCUCAUCCACGCAGGACGUUCUCCACCUUGGGUUCCUCCCCUCCUCCUGGACUCCUGCACACACUCCUUCCUCUGAGGUUGAAAUUCAGAAUAUAUUAGUGACCUCAGCUUUGAUAUUUCACUUAUAGCACCUGCAACCCUGGCACCCAGGGUGGGAAGGGCUACACCUAAGCCUGCUCCCCUUUCUGGUGCUUAAGACAUUUUUGGAAGGGGACACAGGCCAGCCAUUUGUUCCCCCAAGACAUUCCAGGUUUGAAAGAACAAUAUGACCACACUCCAGCUGGGAUCACACAUGGCCUUUUAUUUCCAGUGAAAUCAAUUACUCCUCAGUUAAGCCUUUGGAAACAGCUCCACUUUCAAAAGCUCCAAAUGCAGCUUUAAAAUAUUAAUCUGGGCCAGAAUUUCAAACGGCCCCACUAGGCUUCUGGUUGAUGCCCGUGAACUGAACUCUGACAACAGACUUCUGAAAUAGACCCACAGGAGGCAGUUCCAUUUCAUUUGUGCCAGAAUGCUUUAGGAUGUACAGUUAUGGAUUGAAAGCUUCCAGGAGCAAAAUCAGGCCCUUCCUUCUAAGCAAAUGUCUUCCUGGAUUAUUCAAAAUGAUGCAUGUUGAAACCUUUGUGUGCAAAUAUUAUUAUUUUAAACAUUAUGAUGUGUGAAAAUGGGUUAAUAUUUAUACAUCACUGUUUUAUUGUCCCAAGUUUAUACUUUUAUAGACAACAUGACCGUGAACUUUAUGCUGUCAAUAAUCAGAGGGAAAUAAACUAUUGAGUCAACACA